AUGGUGAAAGUAUCUCCCUAUUGUGUGGGUUGGUCGGUCAUCUCCAACGUCACCUUUGGUUUGACUAAUUUCCUCAUAUCAUAUACGAAUGUUGGAGGUAUUGAUCCUUGGGCUGUUAUUGGUUGGAUUUGGUUCACCUCGGGGCUUAUAGGAGUCUUAACUGGAAUUUACUUCUGGUUCAAAAUAGGCCGGGUAUUUUUCACUGCGGAAUAUCUUGAGCAUGCCCUGGGGAAGAUUCAAAGCAGGCCCAAUUCCGACCCAGAGGUUGGCCAACCAGAAUACGUUUAUCUAUGUGAUGGUGAAAAAAUCUACCCCCAACCUCACUUGGAAGAAAUCUCGUUACGGGCAAAGUUAUUAACACUCGUUGGAGGUAUGUGUGUUGGCCUUUCACAACUGAUGAUGAAGUGGGCUUUUGCUACCGACCCAGCAGCCUCGGGCCCCCUCACUGCAGUUAUAUCGUCGGAUAUUUUGGUUAUUGGUGUUUACUGCCAUUUCGUAUACAACGAAAAGCUAACUUGGUCGCAAGCUGUUGCAAUUCUUGUUGUAUUAGGAGGCCUUGUUGUAAUGGGAGCUUCAUUUGAUUCUGGUGUUGGCGGCUCGGCCCUCGGAUUCUUGUACGCCAUAUUGGGCAUGCUUAGUUUCGCCGCUAGCAUCGUCUGUAUUAGAAGUUCCUGCAUUGAUGGUAUCGAUGCAUGGUCUGGAUUUAUCGGAAGAAUGGGAGUAAUGUUCUUCAUGGGGUUGAUUGCAUUGGCAGAUUCUGGGUUCAACGGCGGACUAGUUGUUCAUGAUCACGCUCUGUGGAAGGACAUGUAUAUCUGGCCAAUAGUGUCGGGUGCAUCACAAGCAGUGGGAGUGUUGGCGCUUAAUCGUGCGUUAAUUUAUCCGUCCACAGCGGUUGUGAAUGUGAUAGCAGCGUCGAACUCAAUCGUUGUGUUAUUGCUAAACUGGAUAUUGCUCGGAUUAGUCCCUGGCACUCCGAAGAUAAUUGGUAUGUUCUUGGUCAUUGUUGGAGUAUCUUUGAUGACUAUGUGGAAGCCUAAAGAGGAAGUCGAAGUUGAGGAGAAGGUCACAGAAGCUCUCGAUAGUCCAUUGAAGAUGAGCCUAGCAAGCAAUGGUGGAGCGAAGAGGAGUUCGCCAUACUGCGACUCUGGUAAGUCCGAAUGGCUCUACCUUUGCCGCAGUUUCGAUUUGUAA